AUGAUUGAAAAAACCUCGGAAAGAUUGGUCGAAGCUGCAAAUCAUCUAGGAGUUGGUAAAGAUGUGUUUGAUGAUUCAAGAAACAUCAUGAAUGAGUUGAAGAAAAUGGAGCUAACAGAACAAGAGCGUUUUGUUGCCGCUGACAAAAUAUUAUCUGUGCCACAUCGACUAAUUGUGAGUAGUUAUGCGGAAGAAAGUGAUUUCGAGGAAGAAGAAAGUGAUUUUGAACAAGAAAAUGCUGGAGAUGGAGAAUCAAGUGGUAUUGUUGUUGAUGAAGUAAUAGAGAACAAAGAUAACAAUGAACCACCAAUGGUUCAGGUUCUGCAUCAGCCACUUCCCAUUGAUUUAAUAGGAAAUACAAUGAAGGUAGAUGGAAGGAAGUCAAGGAAAAAGAAAAACGUAGCGUUAACAUGGCAAGUGAUGGAACACGAGCUACAGUUAUUUGUUAAUUGGGUGUUUCCAACAGAUAGGGAAAGACGUGAGAUUGAAAUGUUGAAUAAAACUGCAGAGGCGUCCUCUGAUUUCAUUAUACCUUUGUUUAAAUUCCAAAAGGAAUGGUUAGCAUGGGCUUUGGAUCAGGAAAACAAUUUCAGAGGCGGAGUGCUUGCAGACGAAACGGGAAUGGGAAAGACCAUUCAAGCAAUUGCCCUUGUCCUUGCCAAACGCGAACCCCAAUGUUUACCAUCUUCUUCUGUAGUGUUGCCUUUGGUCAGAGGAACUCUUGUCAUUUGUCCUGUGGUUGCCGUCACUCAGUGGGCCGAUGAGAUUGAGUGGUGUACUUUGAAAGAAAGCACCAAUGUUCUAGUUUAUCACGGGGCUGACAAAACUAAGAACUGGAAACCAUUUUCCGAGUAUGAUUUUGUGAUAACUUCAUACUCUAUAGUUGAAUCUAAUUGGCAUGAGAGAAAUUGUGAAGGACCUAGUGUUGUUAGACAAGAAAAACCAUCCAAGCAAGUUAAGGAAAAUAAAACAAAUGCUAUGCCAUCCCUUUAUGCUGUAAAGUGGCAGCGGAUCAUACUGGAUGAGGCCCACUAUAUGAAAGAUAAACGUUCUAAUACCACUCAAGCAGUUUUUGCUUUAGAAUCUACCUACAAAUGGGCAUUAAGUGGCACUCUAUUUCCGAGCCGUCAGGGAGAGUUGUAUCAUGUGAUAAGGUUCCUACAGAUAGAUCCUUAUUCCUAUUACUUUUGCGAACACUGUAAUUGUAAAGUUCUUCAUCACAGGUCUGGAUUAUGUUCAGACUGCUCCCAUAGCUCUGGGGAUCAUUUCAAUUGGUGGAACAAAUACAUUGCUAAACCAAUUGAAUCUUCUCCGUCCAAUGAUGUUUGUGCAAAAAACGCUAUGAUAUUGCUCAAACACAAAAUUUUGAAAGACUUGGUACUUAGACGCACAAAAAUAGGCAGGGCUGCUGAUCUUGAACUUCCACCUACAACUGUUUCAGUGAGAAGGGAUUUCCUGGAUAGAGAAGAGUUGAACUAUUAUGAAACAUUUUACAAGGAAGUCGAAGCAAAACUUAAUAGAUAUGUUGGAGAAAAUGCUAUAAGGCUUCGCCGUAGGGAAAUCCUUGCCCUCAUCGUACAGCUGUAUAAGGUGACAGAUCAUCGAUACCUUGUGGAUUUUUCUCAAAGUGAGGAGUUAAGUGCUGAAAAUCUAGCAUGUAAUGCCGCUGACAAACAAGAAAGUAGCAUUUGUCAUGAGCCACAAGAAGAUCCUGUUGAUUUAACUUCCAACGAGGAUAUUAGGGGUCAGGAUGAUAAAACCAUGAUUAAAUAUUUCAGAUCCUUGAGAAUUUUAAGAAAAAUUGGCCUCGAGAAUUUUCAGACAAGCACUAAAAUAGAGGCUUUGAGAGAAGAAAUAAGAUUCAUGAUUGAAAGAGAUGGCUCUGCAAAAGGGAUUGUUUUUGGCAAAUUCUCACCAUUCUUAGAUCUUAUAUACUAUUCUUUGUACAAGUCUGGAGUAUCUUGCGUUAUGUUGAAUGGAAGCAUGUCACAGGCCGCACAGGAUGAUGUUGUUAAAAGAUUUAAUGUUGAACCAGACUGCAGAAUUUUGCUCAUGACCUUUAUGGCUAGUGGUAUUCCACUCAGUUUGACAGUAGCGUCACAUGUUUUCAUUAUGAACUCUUGUUGUAGUCCAGCUUUUGAGCUUCAGGCUCUAGGCAGAAUUCAACGAAUUGGGCAAUAUAAACCUACAAGAGUUGUGAAGUUUGUCAUUGCAAACACAGUUGAGGAGGAGAUUUUGAACAUAUUGGAGAGGAGGAAAUUAAUUGCUCAAGGGAUUUUAAACGGUUCUUCUGAAGCUAUGGAGGAGCAAUUGUCAAUUGGGAAGUUGAACAUCAAAUGGAUUGCGGAUUACAUAAUCCAGGUUGAAUAAAGUAUGAACAUCAAGAGUUUUAAACUCUCCAUCUUCUUAUCAUUGUUCUUUUCACAGAACAUUAAUAUGUAAUGGUAUUGUCCGAAUUGACAAACUUAUGCAUGACACAGUCCUAUUCAUUUUCUUUUCAUUCCAAUAAUAUUUUUUUGGCUUAAUUAGUGUCUAAGUCCU